CGUAUUUGUACUUGAAUGCUCUGUCUGUGAUUGAGCUACACGUCAAAUCCGCACGUUCCAAGUCGAAACCAAAGCGAAACACAAAAUGGCGCAAGCUUGGCCCAAGGCGAAGCCGAAGUUGACGCAGGAGGCGUUCGAUGAAGCCGUCACAACCAACAUCGAGGAUUUCGACAUGUCGCGCGACGACGCCAUCAAGUCCGCCAUCGAGGAGUUCAACGUCCAAGGCUACGACAUGAGCGCCGUGGUCACCAACCUAGCGGGCAACGACAUGCAAAGUCAUCCAAUUGCUGUGGCCUCCCAAGGCCUGAAGGAAGCCUGUGACGGGAAGGGCUCCCUAGCUGAGGCGCUGGAGGCGCUGGCAACCAGCCUCAAGGAGUUCACUGCAGACCCAGCGGCCCCCGCCGCGCCGGGGACAGGGACCGCAGGGAAAGCCGGCGGGAGCGGCGCUGCCGGCGCCACAGGGGCGGCUGCGGCCGGGCCGGGGGCGCUGACUCAGGAGGCGUACGUGAUCGCGCACAAGGGCGGCGCCAUGCAGUCGCUGCUGGCGGCGUGCCGGCAGCUGCUGGCGGCGGGGCAGGCGGACCAGGAGCAGCUGCUGCAGGCUCUGGGCCUGUUGCAGGUUCUGCUGGGCUGGUUGGAGACACGGGACGCCUUCCCGGAUGCACAGGGUGUGGAGCUGGUGCACGAGCUGCUCAAGGCGGAGGGCAGCGGACACAGCGUGCGCAGCGCCGCGGCGGCUGUGGCGGAGGCGGCGGCCAAGGGGGUGGAGGAGACCAAGUGCAAGCUGGUGGAGGGCGGCGUGGCGGCCACUCUGCUGGAGCUGCUGCAGCAGCCCGAGGCGCCGCUGGAGCUCAUUGGCGCGGCGUGCGGAGUGGUGCGCUCCGUGACCACCGCCGACGACGAGCGGCCCCCCUCCUCCAAGGCCUUCAUGCACGCGCGCGUGCUGGCCAAGAGCCACGCCGCCAUCCGCGUGCUGCUGGCGGUGCUGCGGCGCGUGCCGGCCGCCACGCACCCCGCCACGGCGGUGCGGGUGCUGGGCACGGUGCGGCAGGUGGCGGCCAAUGAGGAGAUCUGCCGCGAGUUCACGGACGACGGCGGCGUGAUCGCGUGCCUGGGCGUGCUGCGGGACUGCUGCGGCGCCAAGGACGUGGCCAAGGCGUGUCUGGGCGCGCUGCGGCAGUUGGCGCACAGCGACACCGUGAAGCGCCUGCUGGCGGAGCACGGCGCAGUGGAGCUGGCGGGCCGUGUGAUUGAGCUGCACAGCGGCGCCGACGACGUGGCGGAGGUGGCGCUGGGGCUGCUGGGCAACAUGAUGCUGAGGCAGCCGGAGAUCUGCACCCAGGCUGCGGAGGCGGGUGUGCCGGAGCUGGUGGUGGACCUCAUGACGCGCUGGCCGGGCCGCUCGCCGGUGCAGCGCCAGGCGUGCCUCGUGACGCGCAUCAUGGUGGCCCGCAACCCCGAGCUGCGCCCUGCCUACCUGGAGCGCGGCGCGGAGGCGCUGCUGCGCGCCGCCAAGGCCGCACACCCCGCCGCCUGCAAAGACGUGGGCGCGGCAGCCCUUCGCGACCUGGGACUCGACAACUACAACGACUAGUCGGCUGAACUGCCGUAUGUGGUGUGGGCGCUGUGAUGGAGCGUUGGUCGAAGCUGGCGCUUGGCUUCGCCAGCCGGCUUGGGGCGGCGCGCAGCAGGCGGAGGACGAUGGGAAAGCUUUGGAGCGUUGGAGCUUUGGAGGAGCGGCGAAGGUGGCGGCGGCGGCGAGUGCGUUGUGGAGAGGAGGGCGCGCGGCCGUGGAGCCGAGCGGUGCGCGUUCACGUGGAGGCGGUGGAGGCGCGGAGCAGGAGUUGCGUGGGGCCAGGGGCCAAGCUGUUUAGGUAGGUGGCUGGUGGGCUGGUGUGUGUGUGUGUGUGUGGCGGCGACUGAGCCUGUGACUGGGCCCCAGUCACAAGGGACGAAUCACGACAGGCAGACGCGACCCGACCCGACCCGGCUUCCGGACACAACUUGUUAUUCUUACAACGAGGGGCCGCGACGAACACAACGUGUGUGCAGUGCCUACCUAUUCCUUUUGUUUUGAACUGGUGAAGCGUGACAGGAGAACGAGCGCUGUGGGCACCGCGGCCAAGUGUUGCGUAUGCUAUUGAAAGGAGGCUGGAUGGAGCGAUGGACUAAUGUCCCACAUACAUGAACGUGUUAGGUAUGGCCUCCAUAGGACGCUCACAUGCGGCGGGCCUAUGUCAGACACGGCCCGGGCCCUACGACUACUCGCAUAAGCGAACCCAACUUCUGCAACCAGAUGACUAUCUGA